AUGGCCUCUUCCAAGACCCUGACAGCGGCCUGUUACUGCAGGAAUGUGCAGUUCACGGUCACAGUCCCCACGGUGUCCCUCCCGCUGAAAGUACACCUAUGCCACUGCAGCAUCUGCCGCUAUACACACGGCACAUUGUGCUGCUUUCAUGUCCCGCUGCCCGACGAUGUGCAGCCAGAGUUCAUUGUACCAUCUACGCUGAAUGAAUGUACAGCCUACGAACAUCUAACCUCUACAAAGUACUUUUGCAGCACGUGCGGCUGCCAGAUUGGAGAUCGGGGCAGGGAUGGUGAGUGGGUUAUUUCCAAUGCCAUUUUUGAUGCGAAUAGAGAUGAUUCCGGAAUUUGGCAGUUUAACACUCAUUACGAUCCGAGAUCUACUCCGGACGGGGGUUUAUCCGCACUCUUUUCAUCGGUUGAAGGCCGGAAGCUGCAUAUGGCUGACCCCAAGCCAUCUCCAUCGACAACCAUGACGAAGGGAUCCGAGCUUCUUGCUCAGUGUCAUUGUGGUGGUGUAUCAUUUAAGAUCUCCCGGCCUAGCGAAGACUUUAUCAGUAGUCCAAACAGCCAAGGCUGGAUCCACCCCUCUGACAAGACCAAGUGGCUCGCAGGUCUAGAUAUCUGCGACGAUUGCCGCUUAGUCAACGGGACGCAUGUCAUCGGGUGGAUGUUUGUGCCUCUGGAUCAUAUCUCGUCGAAUCCAUCGACGGAUCUGAUGAUUGGAUCUUCCAAGAGCUUCCGGUCCACCCCAGAUGUUCUGCGAACGUUCUGUGGGACGUGUGGCGCGACGGUCUUCUACAGUUGUAAAGAGAGGCCGACCGUUGUAGAUGUUGCUAUUGGGAUUUUGCGAGCCUCUGAGGGUGCAAUGGCUGAGACCUGGGCCGUGUGGAGAGCGGGCAGGGUAUCGGGGUUGCAGGAUGGGUUGAAGUAUCAUGCGGGGUUUGCUACUGCGUUGAUUGAAGGUAUGCAGGAGUGGAGGAUUUCUAAAGAGCACCCGGAAGACUUCAUCCUGCCAUAA